AUGUCCAAAAAAGACAAAUACGUCUCCAAUAUAGACGCAGGCAUUUUGCAGCAAUUUUCUGGAUACCUGGAUGCUCUGGACAAAAAAGAAGAGCCAAAGCCUGAGUCAUUACAGAGUUUUUCCUCGUUCCUAGAAACUUCUCAAAAUUUAAAUGCUCUUGUUCUAGCUUUCUCCUAUUAUGCCACAGUUAAUGACCAUUCCGGUCUAUCGCAGACAUUACAAAAACUUGCAAGGCUGAUCAAACUUGGAAAUUGCUAUCAAGAGCUUCACAAACCUUGCUCUACGCUGAUACAGGAGAUCUUAUCAACUCACAAUAUUAAGAUAUUUUACAGAUGUCUCAAUAAUCAAAAAGGAGGAAUAACAAAUCCUGCACUGAGGCUACUUUCGUCGUCAUUGGAGUUCAAAAAAGGAGCAUAUGUGGAUCUGUUUCUCGACAAUUUCGACCUAUCUUUGAAAGUUCUUCCUCAGCUUCUUAUACCAACAAAAGCAGAAAUGGAGGAACCGACAAGAUGCAAGACGAAGAGUUCCAUUCGCAACAAUUUCAUUUUGUUUUGGAUCACCCUGUGUUCACAUGCCAACCCUUUGACAAGAAAAGACCUGUUGUUCAAUAACAGGAAAAUCACCACGAACUGGAUCAAAUACAUAGCAACUCAUGAUUCCACCGACACGGUAAAACAGACACUUGAGUUCUUUGACAGAUACAUCAUAGAGGAACGCUCCUACAAAAAGAUGACGAAGUGCAAGAUAUUCGGAGACUAUGUUCCCAAAAAGCUUCUGGAGCUAUAUGGCGUCGAGGCUGUUCGCGAUGAGGUUCAUGAUUUUUUAAUAAAGAUAGCAACAGACCAUGACUUGGGGCUUGUGUUCUCUGAUGACAAAACCACAGAUACGAGCGGUGUUCCUGUGACAGUUGGAGACCACACGUUCAAAAUCCAUAAUAAAUUGAUAUUCAGUCUGCUAGCAAGUUGCAAACCUUGGACAGAUGAAAAACAAUUGGAUCUGACCGUUUCUGUGCUUUCUGCUAUACCUGAACUAGUUCCUUGCUACAAUUACAACCUCUCGCAAACAAUCGGGGUGCAUGAUCCUAAACUUUCCGCUUUAUAUAUUGCAGAGUCAUUACUUCUCACCAAAAUAAUCAGAUUACCAGUUGUUGAAAAAGUGCUAGGAUCCGGCUCUCCAGCAUCUGUUCUUGUCGAGUACAUCUGUCCGAACUCGUUGAGGAGAACAUCGUUUUCUAAGGCUUUUUCAACUGACAUUGGCCUCGUGCGCCACAUUGGCUCACAAUUGAUAAUUGAUGUGUUGCAAAAGCUUCAGGACUGUUAUCUAUUUAUAACGGGGGAUGUGCGAAACGAGGUUCUGGAAAUCCUCAUCAGCCAACGCUUGCCGGAUUACAGUAUGAUAGUUGGUGCUCUUAACGACUGCUACAAAAGUGAGCCCUACAAUAAGCUGCUGAUUGUCAAUCUACUGAAAGUGUGCGAGUAUUACCAGGCUGUGCUCAACCAGACUGUGUCAGUGGCUCCUCCAAAACUGAACCUCGCACAGGAGGCCGAAUUUAAGGCUAUCGACCUCACAAUUCUUGACAGCUACUUGAAGAUUAAUUCGGAUUCUCAACAGAGUAAGUGGUUCAAUGCAGGAACCGCGAAAAAUUCGCUGUUCACAACCAUUUUGCGACUGCCGUACCGGUUGAAGGAAUCUGAUAUGCGGACUAAGGUUGUGGGUGUCAUCUCAAACCUCAUCGACUCGUCGCUAUCUUUCACUGACUGCAGGCAAGACAACUCCGUACUGAUCACGCAAGCCUACGCUCUAGUUUAUGCUUUGGAUCAUUUUUCUCGUUACGUGAAAAACGAGGAUGACAUAGAUGUCAUUUGCAAGACAUUGGAUGAGGCCAUUUCCAGAGUCAUGAGAACGCCGUACAAGUACAUUGAUAUUUCGCGGGAGUUCGGAAGAACCAUGAGCCCGUUCUAUGUGGCUGCCAUUGAACAGGCCAAGUUUGCAACCACCGACAAUGUUAAGGUUUGGGUGAAUCUGUUGACAAGAUAUAUGUUCUUGAUUGGAGAGCCUUUGGACAGCAUGAAAAAGGUCUUGUUGAAGUACUGGUCGGACGAUCAUUUGGAUUUUGAUAAUUACGAGUCGUCCUUGAAGGAGUUUUGUUCCAAACUCUACGCCGAUGAAGACGUGCCUUUCUUUGAGAUGGUGGUCAAUUACCCAAUUUCCAAAUUAAGAAGAGCCAUUUCUAGCAAAGUUGCAAUGGCAGACAUCGAUGCCAUUGCUCUUCUUAGAAGACUGCAACUACUAGCUUCCGACGGGGCAUUGACACUCAGAGACAUCGAAUCCGUGGCUGUUGAGUUAUUCUCCAAGCUUGCAAAUUAUCUGGCCCAGAGAAAUUUUUCGCAAUACGACACAUUUAAUCAUGUUGACCUCUUUAGGUGCAAGUACUGGAGUCCACUGUAUCUGAACGGUAGCCACUCAGACAAACAGUUUUUUGUGGCUGGUUUGCUAAACGAGAUGUUUUACAAUCUGUUUGAACUUGACAGCUCCAUUCGUUCCAAAUUAUCUGAAUACGAAAACUAUGUCCACGGGUACAAAUCGCCAGCAGUAGACGAACAGCAUAUUCUUGCAAGUUCAUUUUGGGUGCUUGAUAAUUUCAAGCUAGUUGAGCAUUUAUUUGACUCGGCGGUCAUACAGAACAAAGUUCUCGAGCUGGCUGCUCUUAGAGGUGUGGAAGUGGAUGCUACCGAGCUCACAAAAGUUGCAGAUUUUGUGUCUGAAACAGAUCUCCAAUUCUAUGUCACACUCGCUUCAAGGACCAAAUUUGAGGAAUCUCAGAUUACGAUUCUUGCACAAAAGGCGGAGCAGAACGAGCUGCUAUACUCUGCACUAACUGCGAUUUUGAGAUCCAACCCUGAUAUAGCAGAUAUCUUGUUGGACAAACCAGGACCUGCUACCAAGAAUUCAGUGCACGGCCUGAACUAUUUGAUCACGCUCAACGAACUCACAGAAUCGGAGUCGCUACGCUCAGAGCUGGAAAGUAUUGCAACAGAAAGGCUGCAAGAGUUUUUGUCGACCUCGACAGCCUCCAAUGUUCCGACUUAUGUUAAAGUUCUCGCACGCAGCACGUCCUCCAGCUUAUUUGCUCGACUCAUGGAGUUUGCGCCUUUCUACAACAACGCCGCUUACAUUUUUAGCCCAGAAUCUGCCUAUUAUGUGGCUCAUUCGGUUGACAAUAUGGAUGUACUCAAGCCCUGGUGCUCGAAAGCCGUUUUGUACUCCACGAAAAUGUUUGCCGAAAAGGAUACACUUCCGGAGAAAUUUUUGACCUUUCUCAGCAGCCUUAAAGAGUUGUUGCUGAAAGUUGACAUCUGGACUAUUGUCCCGGCAUCAAUUCUCAAUUCUCACCUGGAAGUGCUUCUGUCCAAACAAUGGAUUCGCGCAGAGGACAUAUUGCGGUACAUUUCUUGGCUACUGAUGACCACUAGUUCGAAAACCAUACAGCACUCCAAACACAUUCAACUGUUGAUCAACAACAAAAGCAAUGUGCUAAACGAGCUCCCAUCAAGGUCGAACUUGUCCACAAGGUUCCGCUCAGCCCUUGUGCUCUACUAUCUGGUUCAAGUCGGGCCAGUUUCCAAUUUUGAUGUUGCAAAACGUCUUUUACAGUUCUACUCAGGGUCUCUUCGUGCCGACGAUUUGAUUCUCAAGAAUAUUUUGAUGGAGGUCGAGCAACAUGUGGGACAGAGCUGGCUAUCGUUUGUGGCUGAUUGGGAAUUCCUCGACGCCGACUCUUAUGAAUCGUCCACGACUAACUUUAUCACAAGCAGUGCACACGGUCUUAUUGUGAAUCUUUCCAAGAAAUUCAUCGACAACUCUAUUGCUAGAUUUCCUGGCUCCUCCGACGAUUUUGCCCUGCCAGCGGUGAACAAGGCAACGUGGCAAGACUGGGAAACAUUUUUCAACCAUAAUUCUGUCGUCCUUGAACACGCAAUCAUCAGCAAUAUAUAUGAGAAAACCAUUUACGAUCCCGAAUUUAUUAUGCUGUUGAUUAUCAACAACGAUGAGCUUUUCAAGGCACAGGAAGAAUUCGUGGCAGUGGACGUGCGAAGACUUGUGGAAACCAACAUUUUGCAAUUCAUCGUGAUGAAUCUGAGCAAUUGCAACGAGGAAAUGAGACAUAUUAGCCGCAAAAUCUUGCUGUCAUGUUACUUUACGAUCGACAGAGAAUUAAAGCGACUGACAGAACUAAAAGAAGACAAGGCGAAGAAGGAGGGGUCUGUAGACAAAGCAAAGACGGACGUGGCCACUCUCCAUCUUUUCUCCUUCAAGGAAAGACUGGCGUUCAAAGUAUACUUGGGAAAUCUGCUGUCUAUGAAGGAAGAGUGUUCUCCCAUGAUCACUAUAAUGCUUUCUCACUUAAUUCCAAUAUUGAAUAACCCAGGUCACUAUCUUUAUGAAAAAGCUUACAGGUACAUUUUAGGCGGGUCAAAGUUCCGUCCGUUUGACAUUCCGUUGUUCAAAGCCGUCACCCAACACUUUGUCGCAGACAAGCAUCUAGGCCAUUCCAGGUUUGAUGAAAAUUACUACAAACAGCUGUCGUGGGUCGUUGUCACUCUGACGAAGUCUCUGAGUCACCAGAACGACCUCAAAGUAAUCAACAGAAGUGGAAUACUAGAUUACCUAAUGGCCCUCACCGGGUCUCCAUUCUUGAGCCUCAAACAUCAACAGGAAAUAACUCAUCUAUUGCACAGGAUAGCCGAACUCCCUAACGGAGCAGACCUCCUCAUCAGAUCGUACGGAGUGCUGAGUUUCACAGAGCUACAGAAACUUAAACUGUCUACAGACACAGUCGCAAGCAACUUCCAGCUCCUUGAUUGGCAACGCUUCGCCGUCAAGGCGCACGUGAUUGCCGAUAAACGUGCGUACGAAUGGACAAGUGAAGACUUCAGUCGGUCGGUGAAACGAGUUCUAAUCUAA